AUGGACAAAUCUCAAGAAACGAGUGUGACGGAGCGAAAUGUAGCAUUGUUGGAAUGGUAUGGACGGCUUUCGGUCAGGAGAGUCGAUCUCGUGGGCGAUUAUGCUGGACAAGAGUUGUUCCUUCUCGAAGGAGAUUCGCUUUUGCUACGAUGCUUCAGCAAUGCAGACCUGGAUCUUGAUCGCGGGUUCCAGCUUCUUCACGCUGUCUACGCUGUUGAAUAUUUCUUACAGGGGUUGAUCCAGCGGAAAUGCAACUUUCACGUUGUCUUUUUCGACAACCAUAGAGAACUCUGUCUCCCACGUGGAGUCCCAGUCAUUGAUAGACCAAAGUACCUACUUGCCAGAGCUGCCAUUCAGAGACAUCUCAGUGUCAAUCUCCGACAAUCACACCCAGCUCUUGAGAUUCAUUCCUUUGCAUCAGAGCAAGACACAGCAUUUCGAGCGUACUUGAAGGCGACAGGCAUCUACUUUGUGAUGUGUCACGAUGGCGCAAAUCCAGUCCCACUAUCGACCGACCCAUCGUUACCAGGGGCAAACGAAGAAGAUCAGGCCGAGAUCGACGCCCAGGAAACGUCGCGAAAGGUUGCAUUUCGAACCAUGAUUUGUUGGCUGAUAAAUGAAAGUUACAAUGUCGCCCUUAUCAAUGGAUUGGAAUGGGCGGACACAAAGGUGAUGAGUAUGGUGGUGGAAGGUGGGCGUAAAGCGAGAUUCAACUUCGAGUACGAAGAAACUGUCCCUAGCCUGUCAAGUCCCAAUGAUCAUGGUAACAUCCCCUUCCUGGAGCAAGCCAUGGUCAAACUUGAUCUCAAAAGUCAGGGAAACGCUAUAACAGGGAUACACAAGUGCCAAUGCAAGUCUUCUCAGGCGGUCGACAUCACUCGAGCUUCCACUGAACGUGAAUUGCUGACUGUUGUCACUCUUGCUCAAAUGCUCGAGGACGACCUCGCCGUGAGAGACCUUGCGACACACUUUCUUGCCCAUACUGCUCUGAUAACAUCAUUACGUCUUUCAAACAGGCGGCAACCAAAACAGAAAUCCAAUAGUGAAGAACAAUCUCGGCUACAGUCCUUCAUCGCCAAGUUUUCGAGAGUCUCAAGCACUCUGAUUGCAAGCGGCGCUUGGUCAGAAGCCAUGGAAGCUGGAACAGUACCAUGUGAUGUUUCCGAUUUGAUCGAUGGUCGACUAUUUGAGGCUGUCACGAUGGGUGAGAGUGAAGGGGGUUCCCCUCACCAGCCGACCGCAAGCUUUGAACAUCUCGCCCGCAAUCUAUGCACAUUAUCCGGCUUUCACCUGAAAAUGCCUACGAGCUUGCAAAAAAUUACCUCACAUGCUAACGAGAUCAAUGGCUCGAGCUCGGAUGCUCUUGCAAUCUUGCCGUUCUCUAACCCGGUUUUCGAUAAGCAUCUAACAUCGAUAAACCUUCGUGUCGCACCGCUCAAGUCGUCCGACCGGCAGUCCGGGCGAAUUUUCCAAGAAGUAUCGCAUUGGCAUAAUGCGAAGAGACGUCUUGAUCCAAAGCAGGGUCAGCAAACACCUGCAUCCGCAAAGGAUAAGGCCCGUAGUCUCAAGCGGGAUCAGCGUUUCAUGGCCGAAAUGCAAUCCUACGCUGCCAGUCUGACAAACGCUGCUGGAAAGGCUUUGGAGCCAGAGAUAGUCACGGUGUCGGAUUCUAAGGGUGUCAAGGCUCAAGUUGCCAAAGAACAUGACAGUACAGGAGCAGCCAACAAGAAAUCCUUGGGGGCUAAAGCCACUGCAAACCGCAAAGGUGCUAGUAAGAAGGCCAUGAUGAACGAUAUUGCCGCGAGCAAAGCGGUGAAAGAUAGCGAGACCGAGGACAAGUUGUUCGCGGCGUGGAGAACCGUGAGGAACAACCUGGAGUCUGAGCGCAGUCUCCAGUCAAAGUACCACAAAAUAAAGGCCUAUCUGCGGGACCUCUCUGAUCAAAAACGUAAAAUCCUCGAAGCUGAAGUGCAAUUCCAUCUCUUAGUGAUCUUAUUCGAGAUAUAUCGAACCCUACACAAGAGUGCAGAUGCGCAAACCACAUUUUCGUCGUCAAAAGAAGAGCUCUUUGGAGUGAUCUCGCUGUUAUGGGAUACUUCUCGCAGGAUCGCCACGCUUGACAACCUGACGAUCACUAUUGCAGAAAGCCUCAAAGGGAUCAUCAACGCUCUCAACUUGCCAGAUCCGGGGGUGCCCACCGUGAAGAUCGACCGAAAGCUGGCUUUUGAUCCGGGGCUUCUGAUGCCUAAAGGAAACGAACUCGCGAUAGACUUGGAAGGCCAAGACUUUCAGCUCCUGCAUUGUGGUCCAUACAUGGACCGAAACCUUGAUUCAGCACCAGACUCGAGAGUGCCAUUCCACCCAGAUGGCUGGCAACGACGGGUUCUGGACGACUUGGAUGCGCAGAAGAGUGUCUUUGUGGUCGCUCCUACAAGUGCCGGAAAAACGUUUAUCUCUUUCUAUGCAAUGGAGAAGAUUUUGAGGGGCAAUGAUGAAAAUGUACUGGUAUAUGUCGCCCCUACCAAAGCACUUGUCAACCAGAUUGCUGCCGAGAUACAAGCACGCUUCAAGAAGAGCUAUAAGCAUGCCGGAAAAUCAGUCUGGGCAAUCCAUACACGGGAUUACCGAAUCAACAAUCCGUCGGGUUGUCAAAUUCUCGUGACGGUACCACACAUUUUGCAGAUAAUGCUACUCGCUCCAAGUAAUGCCAAAUCAUGGUCACCCAGGGUAAAAUACAUCAUUCUCGACGAGAUACACUCGAUUGGCCAAGCAGAAGACGGCGUUGUUUGGGAGCAGUUGCUGCUCUUGGCACCAUGCCCCAUCAUUGCUCUCUCCGCUACAGUGGGCAACCCGGAGGACUUCAAUUCCUGGCUUACCGCGACUCAGCGAUCGUCAGGUUUCGAAAUGUCCAUGAUCACCCAUCAACACCGAUAUUCAGAUCUACGGAAAUUCAUGUUCAGUCCUCCAAAGCGGUUCGCGUUCCGUGGAUUGGCAGACCGCCCCUCAUUUGCAACAUUGGGUCUUGACGGCCUACAAGGUCUGGCAUACAUUCAUCCUGUUGCGAGCUUGAUCAACAAGUCGCGGGGCAUACCCGACGAUCUAAGCCUCGAAGCUCGCGACUGUCUGUCGUUGUUCCAAUCCAUGUCUCGGCACCAGACGAAAGAAUUCCCUAUCGAUCCGGCUUUGAACCCUUCACAUAAGGGGUCACCUAAAAUCAUCAGGAAAGCAGAUGUUAUUGAGUGGGAGGCUUCUCUCAAGAAUCUACUCAAGGUGUGGAUGGCGAAUGAUCAAUCGCCUUUCGACAAGGUGCUUGAGGAUCUCGGCCGCGCAAUGGAUGUUACUAGCACCAUUGAGAAGCAGUCGUUGAAGGGUACUGUACCUAGUGAGUUGGAAAAAGACAUGGUGGCAGUUAAUCCAGAAGAUUUGUAUGCCACCACUUUACCUCUUCUCUGCAAGCUCCAUGAGAGGGAUGCACUUCCAGCGAUCUUCUUCAAUUACGACAGACAUAGAUGCGAGGGCAUUUGCCAGGCCGUCAUACAGCAAUUAAUAGAAGCAGAGGUACGCUGGAAGGAAUCAAGUCCCGUGUGGAAAACUAAACUCAGCGGCUUUGAAAGGUGGAAAUCCGAACAAGCAAAGAUGGCUGGCAAAAGACCGGCAAAGAAAGUUCCGUCAAGAAAAGGAAAGGGAGAUGGCGAUGAUGAUGAUCCAUCAUCAAAGAUGGACAAAAUCCAAGACGCCGCCAGCGAUGAAGCGAAUCCGUAUGCCAACUUCGAUCCUGAUGCGCCAGUUGAUGGCUUUCACUUCGCAGCGAGACAGAAAGCUGAGGCCUCAGAAUUGAACAUGUAUUAUGGUCAGAUGAAAUGGAGAGGUUUGCCUUCUUGGCUGACGGACGGAUUGCAGAGAGGCAUUGGUGUCCAUCAUGCUGGUAUGAAUCGCAAGUAUCGUCAAGUCGUCGAAAUGCUAUUCCGCAAAGGAUAUCUACGAGUUGUUAUAGCCACCGGAACGCUGGCACUUGGAAUCAACAUGCCCUGUGCCACGGUCGUGUUUUCAGGAGAUAGCAUCUUUCUGACGGCAUUGAAUUAUCGACAGGCUGCUGGACGUGCAGGGCGUCGGGGAUUUGACCUGCUUGGAAAUGUUGUCUUCCAGAACAUAAGCCAAGGCAAGAUAUGUCGCCUUUUAAGCUCUAGGCUGCCGGACCUCAACGGCCACUUUCCCAUCACAACGACGCUGGUUCUACGACUGUUCUCUCUGCUCCAUGACUCCGACGACUCUCAAUACGCGGUGAAGGCCAUUAACUCGCUCCUUUCACAACCGCGGCUCUAUCUCGAUGGGCCGGCUUUCAAAGACCAAGUACUCCAUCAUCUCAGAUUCUCGAUUGAGUACCUUCGAAGACAGGAUCUUCUCAGCUCCCAAGGAGCCCCAAUCAAUUUCGCAGGCCUGACCUCACACCUCUACUUUACCGAAAACUCGAGCUUCGCUUUGAACGCUCUCAUCAAGGGUGCGUAUUUUCACGAGCUGUGCUCUGAGAUAAACACCAAGGAGUCUCACGUUGUUCGCAUAUUGAUGGUCGUAAUGGCUCAUCUCUUCGGUCGACGUCCAUGUCGAGAGGCUGAUGAAGAGUACAUCGAGAACAUUGUGAAACGAUCUCCAUCUAUCGUCUUUUUACCACCCUUGCCUGCACAAGCUGCUCAUAUCCUUCGCGCGCACAACGAAGAUACUUUGCAGGUCUUUACGACAUACGUUAGGACAUUCGUAGAUCAGUACGUCAAAGACGAUGACCGCAAGCUGCCACUGACGGGCAUCGAGGCUGGAGGCGCCAACGACAAUGUCAUUUUCUAUGGCUCCCUGCCUCCCACCAAAGUCAGGUCGGCUUUCGUUGCUCUGUCUGGCCACGGCGACAAGUUUGAGAGCAUUUCAGAUCUCUGCCGUACGACCAGAAGCGGUGUGUUUUUGGAGGAAGCGGUUAUACCGCAUCUGGAUGUCUAUCCGGACGAGUCCAAGACCCCUCUCAAUGCAUACCUGUAUGAUUUCUUCAUGCACGGUGAUCUCGACGCGUUGGAAAAGGCAAACGGCGUUAAGAAAUCGGACGUAUGGUUCCUUCUUAACGACUUCUCUCUCGUACUCGCCACCAUCUGCGCCUCACUAGCCAAUUUUCUCAAGCUUCCUGAGUCCGAUUUGAGUCUCCUCGACGUAAUCGGAGAAGGCGACGAGAACAAUAACCUGGAGGAUGAUAAAUUUGGCGGGGACUCCACGACAGAUACUGAGAGCACCACAGGCUCAACAGCAACCACUGACACAGGGAGAACAUCCGUCACUACUGCUUCCUCGUCGAGCAGCAAGCCAAAGCCCAAAACGAAAGUGGCUGAUGCAUGGGAUGAUUCAGAUGCCGACGAGGCAAGCGAGCCGGAGGGAACGAAUGUGGCUUUAGACAAUGACCCAAGCAAAGAAGAAUUGGAAAAGGGUUUCCUCAACGUCUACAAAGCCAUGACGAAGUUACGAAGUGAAUUUGACACGAAGUUCCGAAAGAUUUUCGCAUGA